GGUUUCGCGAAUGUCAUACCAAAAUUCAAAAUAAUGUAUAAAGCAAAUAUGUUAGAACUAAAUAUUUGACUGAAAUAAUAUAUACUGUUAUUUAUCACCAAACUUACAAAUACAUUUUCUACAAUGUAAUAAUAUUCUCAAAUAUGUUCAUCUUCAUUUUUCAAAGCAAGCAAAUUUCAACGUCAGUUAAAUGUUACAAGAGUUCACUGUUACAAUAAUUAUAUCAGUAUUAUCUUCUUAUAAAUGUUCGAUUCAGGUGACUAAUUUAAUGAUGAUAUUGAGGUACCAUUCAAAUCUUAUUGUCAGUAGGUUUAGCUCCAGACACAAUAAAAACGGUUUAAAAGAAAGGUAUGUUAAACAUAUCAAGUUAGAGGAUUUAAAGAAGCUGUUCCAAAUUUUCGAAUUUAAAGAUCAGAUAGGUCAUGGUUCCUUUGGAGUAGUGGUUAAAGCAAUCGACAAAUCGACAUCUAAACAAUACGCUAUAAAAAUUAUUAACAAGUAUAACGUAUCUGCAAACUUACAAGAAAUCCAUGAAGAAAUAAAAAUUCUUAAAUUCGUUUCCCACCCUAAUAUAAUAUUUUUGGAUAGAGUCUAUGAAACAACUAAAAAGAUCUAUCUUGUGUUUGAACUUUGUGGUGAAACUUUGUUUAAUAAAUUUAAGAAUUCUUCUCAAUUUGCAGAGAAAAUUACCAAAAAACUAUCUAAACAGAUUAUUGAUGCCGUUAUUUAUUUGCACAAACACGAUAUUGUACACAGAGAUAUAAAAAUGGAGAAUAUACUAUUUGCCACAAAUCCCGAGGAUCCAAAUGAUGAAUAUUUUAUCAAAUUGAGUGAUUUCGGAUUAAGUGUAAUAAAAGUAGGUGCAGGCAUAAAAGGCAUGAUGACAGACAGAGUUGGAACCAUUCUUUACAUGUCUCCAGAAAUUUUAUUGGAUCAUACUUAUAGUGAGCUGUGUGACGAGUGGUCGAUAGGUGUAAUAAUAUACACGUUGAUUUUUGGUAGAUAUCCAUUUCAUGCCACAAAUAAAGAAGAUUUAAUGAUUAAAAUAUGUGAAACAGAACCUGAAUACCCAACAAAGACCGCAGGAAGUGACUGUAUUGAUUUAUUAAAAUCAGCCUUGAAGAAAGACCCCGUGGAACGAAUAACAGCCUUAGAAAUGUCCAAACAUCCGUGGUUCGGAAGUACAGUGCAGAGAAGGAAGGAUCAAACUGUGAUCGAUUACAUGAAGCAAUGGAAGAGUGAAAUGAUGACCAUUUCUUCGAGUCAUUACAGCAUAUCAGGAAUACCAAUUGUCCAAGACGAAUUACUUACAGUUUCGGAUUUUGAUGUUGAUGUAUUACAUAAAUAAAUUAUAAGGAGAUACCUAUUGAUUGCAACAAAAAAAGUGCAGAGAAUAUAAAGGCUUGUAUUAAUGCUUGGGCGAAUAUUAUCAUGAAAUAAAUAUAAUUAUAUAAAAAUUACAUGUAGAUGCUUUCUGCAAAUAAAUUACUUUAA